AUGGAGAGUGAAAGAGCUGUUACUAAAAAAGAAGGCAUAGACUUUGCUAGAGAGUACGGGUGCUUGUUUCUGGAGUGUAGUGCAAAGACUCGAGUCAAUGUUGAGCAAUGCUUUGAAGAGCUUGUUCUUAAGAUUUUGGAAACGCCGAGUCUUACUGCUGAAGGUUCGGGAGUGAAGAAGAACAUCUUCAAACAAAACCCAACAUAG